AUAACUGAUCUAGCUACUUGGCUACCGGAGAGGGAUUCCCAGGGUCUCCCCAGAUUCGCCAUAGUGGCAAGGGCACCGCCAUAGCCAGUGUUUGCGAAAGGCCUCUCCCUUCAAUUUGAUAGCGGGUUGAAGUUCCGGGGCGGACUCGCCUCUUCGCGAUGGCAAAUGACGCAUUUCAGCCCGUCUAAGAGCAUUUAUUGUUUUAUAUAUCAAGAGAGGAGGCCAACCGGGACUCAGUCUGGAAUUACUAACGGGUAUUUUCUCUUUCAAUCAAUCUAGAGUAAGAAACACACUAGCAAUAAAUAAUGGCAGUUGCAGGUGCACAAUAUGCCUUUCAAACCGGCCUGGCCACUGGGAUGUCAGCAACAGAGGGCGUGCAUUCGCCUCAUCCCAAGCCAGUUGAUCCGGCCCUCAACCAAGCAGCCUACAUCCUGCCCGAAGAGACUCCAGUAGAGGCCACUAGCCGGGUGACCUUGAAGGGGGCCAAAGAAGAUGUGCAGGUCCCGUACAUGUGCAUCGGCGCCUGGUCUUGGGGGGACAAGGCAACCUUCAAGUACGAUCGGGAGAAGGAUCUUCCCCGGCUCCAAGCGGCAUGGAAGAAACUCCAAGAGGCCGGGUUGACCUUUGUGGACACAGCGCAGGAGUACGGCGACGGCGAGAGUGAAAAGAUCUGCGGGUCGUUGUUCAAGGGGAUGCCACGGGACUCGUUUGUCAUCCAGACCAAAUGGGCGGCGUUUCCGGAUUUGACCAACGUGCUGUUGCAGGCCCAGGGGCCUGUUAAAAAGCUGCGACAAUCCCUGGAAAACCUCGCCCUCGAUCAUGUGGACGUUUAUCUUGUCCACGGCCCUAUCCAUAUCAACUACAUCGAGACCGUCGCCCAGGGGUUGGCUGAAUGCGUGCAUCUCGGCCUAGCAAAGACGGUGGGAGUGGCCAACUAUAGCAAAGAAGAGAUGGUGAAGAUGGCGGACGCAUUGGCCCAGCACAAUGUGCCCCUGGCUGUCAACCAGUGCGAAUAUUCCAUCCUCCGGCGACAUCCGGAGAUCUAUGGUCUGAUCCAUGAAUGCCGCCAGAGAGGCAUCGUCUUCCAAGGAUACGCCUCCUUGGCCAACGGCCGUCUGUCGGGCAAGUAUUCUCGCUUCAACGAGCCUCAGCGGACAUACCGUUUCAGCAGCUAUCCGAUGCAUAUGCUGGAUCCCACGCUCAACGUUCUGAAGCGGAUCGCCGAAGAGAGACAGGUUCCCAUGGCCGCCGUGGCGUUAAACUUCAACAUCAACAAAGGUGUGAUUCCUGUGGUUGGAGUCCGCAGCCCCGAGCAGACUGAACAGAACAUACAGGCGCUAGGCUGGAAACUCUCACAGGAUGAGAUCCGCCGUAUCGAGAAUGUCAGCUUGGAGGGCAAUACGACGGUUAUGUGGCAGCAUGGAUGAGCGGUGGUGGUGUUGUAAAUACUAGUAGUUAGUAUUGAAUAUUAUCCAAUCUGUUCUAAAUUAGCAUUCUUCGACAGAUACAACAGGUACCACCAGUAAUUCUACACAGCAACGAUGUCAAAAGUAGAGCGAUGCUGAGAAAAAGACAAGUCGACAGGAGAUGAAGUAAUGUCCAAGUCACCGCCGCCCCAAAACAACACGAGCACCUUCCAGAGCCCCGCCGGUGACGAUGUCCGCCUUUCUCCUGACCCCCGCAUCCCCCGCCAAGUGAGCUGUCCUCCUUGCCACUGUCCUCUUUCUCUGCCAGAACAUCUGGUUGAAUUUCAAUUUGCAACUAGCCCGAUCGUCUGAUACGCCAGGCGGAACUCAAUGGAGCGUAGCAAGAAACCCUCUGCGAUUGGGGUCGGCACGUCGCUCCCCCAGCCUACAGUGUCGUUCCGCGAGAAUAUCGUCGAGGCCUCUC